AUGGGCCGAUUCACCGAAUACUCCGUCGUGGGCCGGAAGCUCCCCACCGAGGCUGAGGCUACGCCGAAGCUCUACCGGAUGAGGAUCUUUGCACCCAACGAUGUGGUCGCCAAGUCCCGGUUCUGGUACUACCUCCGUCAGCUCAAGAAGGUGAAGAAGGCGAACGGAGAGAUUGUGGCUUUGAACGUCAUCCACGAGAGGAGGCCGUUGAAGGUCAAGAACUUUGCUAUCUGGUUGAGGUACGACUCGCGUUCCGGCACGCACAACAUGGUCAAGGAGUUCCGUGCCCUCUCCCGCGCCGAGGCUGUCGAGUCCAUGUACCAGGACAUGGCCGCCCGCCACCGUGCCCGUUUCAGGAAUGUCCAAAUCCUCCGUGUCGCCGAGAUCGCCAAGAAGGACGAGGUCAGACGGCCAUACAUCAAGCAGCUCAUGGAGCCCGGACUCAAGUUCCCCCUUCCCCACCGUCGCACCACCUCCAAGGGCUGGUUCGCCGCGUCCCGACCUGCUACUUGGGCUUAG